AUGUCAGCUUCACGACAGCAACCCGGACUGGCUUGCGAGGAAUGCCGCAAAAAGAAACUUCGAUGCGAUAGACGACGGCCUCAAUGUGAUCAGUGCGAAGACUCUGGGACAACAUGCCUUGUAAAUCAGGUUCGCUCACCACGGGGGCCUAAGAAGGGACAUCUCAAGGCUUUGCGCAAUCGCAUUGCCACACUGGAAAGCAUAAUCAAUUGUGAUCAGGGCAAUCCCGACCCCAAGGAAGUGCUGGACAGCAGCGAGAAAUAUAACUCUGACGAGACAGCGCAAAUGCUCAGCCCACCUCAAGAAUGUAUCCCCAGUGUCAUGAAGACUGAAUAUCGUGACAUUCCCUACUCCAUUGAGACAUCAGCAAUAAUCUCACCUAUUACACCAAUGACUCCACCUGAUAUUGAAAGCUUGGAUAUAAUCGAGGCAGACCUCGACCAAUUAUAUUUCGACAGAGUACAUCCCGUAGCACCGAUGCUCCAUCAGGGCCGGUAUUUCUCCUGGGCACAGAGCUUUAAUAAAUCAGCUUCUCACAUCUGCUUGCAAUUUUCAAUGUGGGCGCUGGCAGCAGCCUCAUCCGCCCAUUUACAGCACAUGCGGCAAUCUCUUUACAUCCGUGCGCGGUCCGCGAUUGACGCUUUAGAUCAAGAUAUCGAAUCCAGCAGUGCGGCCUGUCCCCAGAUAGCCCAAGCAUGGCUUCUUCUAACUCACUACGAGUUCCGCUACAUGAGCUACCGAAGAGCAUGGCUUACUGCCGGACGUGCCUUUCGAAUUAUCCAACUCGCCAAAUUACACGAGAUUGAUAGGCUCAAUGACGUUAGUAUUAACAUGGCGCACCCCGAAGGAUGGGCCGAGGCCGAGGAAAAACGUCGGACAUACUGGCUCGCAUAUUGUCUAGACCGGUUCCUCAAUAUCUCUGACGAGUGGCCUCUAAGUCUACACGAGGAAGCACUCUACAUCUAUCUUCCCGUUUCAGAGUCGGACUUCCAGCAUAGCAGGCCCGUCCUUAUGAACUCCUUAUAUGACGAGAUCGAGGCCUCCGGACAGAAAAUGUUACCGCCUUUCGCGGAGACAAUCGUCCUGAUCACGAUGUGCUGGCACAGCGUUGCAUUCCAGCGCGCCACACACGGCGACAUAACAUCUCCGACAGACGGAGAUACCUGGAAACGCCAUGCCCGACUAUACCAAAUGGUACAACAGCGGUUGUUGCUGGUCUCACUACCCCCAUCCUCGCCGGAACUCCAAGAUCCCAUGCGUCUGUUUACAAACAUGUUCGCCAAUGCCGCGGUGAUAUGGCUCUACAAUAUCAUGGAGACCCUGCAUGUAGUGAUUGACGAGGAGAUUAUCUUGGUUCCUCUCUACUCCGCGUACGAGAUAGUAGGUUUGGCAAAGCCGCUCACCCGAGCCAGCUUUUUCAAGGUGAGACCACCCGCUUUCCCUCCCCGCGAAUUGGCGGUGGCUUGUGUGUCUCACGAUGUUACACAGGCGCAUGCGUUUUCUCCCAUGCUACUCUAUCUCUCGGCAAAGUUUCUCAAGACACAUGCCGAUCAAGUCAGUACGUGUGUCUCCGCAUCGGAGGAUAAACAUCAGAAGUUGGAGGAUUUGAAGAAGGCUUUGCGGGUUUUGCAGGGUGGGAAUAAUUUAGCUAUGAGCUAUUUGGAGCUGCUUGGCUCGGACUCGGACUCGGACUCGUUCGACAAAUUGUGCAACUUGGCGACUGCUCAGGGGUGUACUAUGUCUGAUGUCACAGGUCAGCCGGAGCCAUCUUUCUUUUUGGACAUGAUGAAUCUCUUCUAG